AUGAAGCUUCUACCUAGUUUGAUUAUGUUUACUGCGGCUGUCUCUGCCUGCAGCGAUCCUGCCUUGCGGUGCAAGAAUCCCGAGGGAAGCAAAGCGGGCGACUAUUCUAAAACUGUCGAGAUCUGCGCUGAAGUAGGCAAUGGCGCAAGUAUGUGCUAUUGCUGGGGGGCUGGUGAGGAUUAUUGCUACCUUGUCAAUGGCAACAACCAGGAAGAGUUUGCAAGUUCCUGCACAGCGGAGCCUGCAUGGUAUACUGAGAGCUGUUAA